ACCAGAAUGGUUCGCGCGCUCCACACCCUCCUCUUGCUCGUCGUUGUCGCUUGCCUUGCGGUUGCCAGCGCCGACCCGAUUCCUCCGCAGGGUGACUCGGGAGAGCCGACAGAAGACCCGCGCGCGCGACUGCAGAAGCUCCGCGACCACCUUCUCGAGCUGCGCAAUCGCGAUAGCCGCCGGGCGUUGUAGCUUAAAUGAGACCGAAUCACAUUGCACAUUACGUCC